GGGCUCCGCGAUGGCGGCCCCGCCGGCCCGCUGGAGCCGCCUCCGCCUCCUCCUGCUCCUCCUCCUCCUCUUCCUCCUGCUGCUGCUCCCGCCGCCCGUCCCCGCCGGGCUCGGAAAGGGCUUUGGUGAUCACAUACACUGGAGAACACUAGAGGAUGGGAAGAAGGAAGCAGCUGCCAGCGGGCUGCCCCUCAUGGUCAUCAUCCACAAGUCCUGGUGUGGCGCGUGCAAAGCCCUGAAGCCCAAGUUUGCGGAAUCCAAGGAGAUCUCCGAACUCGCCCAUAAUUUUGUCAUGGUGAAUCUGGAGGAUGAAGAGGAACCCAAGGACAAGGAUUUCAGCCCCGACGGGGGCUAUAUCCCUCGAAUUCUCUUCAUGGACCCCAGCGGCAAGGUGCACCCGGAGAUCGUCAAUGAGAAGGGAAACCCAAGCUACAAAUAUUUCUACAUCAGCGCCGAUCAAGUGGUCCACGGGAUGAAGGAAGCUCAGGAAAAGCUGACAGGAGAUGCCUUCAAACUCAAACACUUAGAAGAUGAGUUGUAACGGGAUGGGGCGGGGCUCGUCUCUCCUUCCUAUCUUGGG